AUGUCAAAUUUUGCAGAGUGUUGAUGUGCAUCUCCACUUCAACUUCGUUCAUUCAAACUCUUCCUCCCACUUCCUAACACACACCGCAUCCAGAUAUUUUCCCACCGUUUCCUCCAAUUCAAUCAACUGACCAUCAAAAGCAACCAGCCACCCAAAAUUAUACAAUCACUGCUCUUGCUCUUCUUCCCUUUCCGUAAAAUCUAUGGGCUCUUCCUUCCCUAACUGAAUAGAAUUGAGUUGAAAUAAUCUGUGGGUCUGUUCGUGUUCUUGGCUGGUAGUAGUGGUUGGAGAUUAUCUUGUGAAAAAACUCCAGCUUUGAGCUGUUUACGCACCAGCGAAAUCAACCUGCCACAUGGGAUUGGCGCUAAUCGCCGACGAAGGCAGGAUUGCGAGGAGGACUUCGAACUCGGGAGCUCUUGAUGGAACCACCGCAACUGGGUCUGAUCGAGCAGUCUUUCAAUAGCAGGUACUCCAACUGGGCACGCGAGGCGCUCGACGAAUUGCCUGACAACUUCACUAUCACCGAUCCUUGCAUUUCGGGCCACCCAAUCGUGUUCGCCAGCCGGGGCUUCCUCAAGAUGUCCGGAUACUCGCGCGACCAAGUGGUUGGGAGGAACGGCAGGAUGUUCCAAGGUCCCAACACUUGCAGAAGAUCGGUCAUGGAGAUUCGAGAGGCGAUUCGGGAGGAGCGCGGGGUGGAGAUCAGUUUGUUGAAUUAUCGGAAAGAUGGGACGCCGUUCUGGAUGUUGUUUCGGAUGGCGCCGGUCUUUGGUAAGGAUGAGGGCCGGGUGAUUCAUUUCGUCGCCGUUCAAGUUCCCAUCCUGCGCCGGAGGCAGAGGAGGAGAAAUGGGGAGGGUUUGUGCGGCGAGAUUUUGUCUAAUUCCUGCAGAAGGGAAGUCUGCUCCAGUUCUUCGGUGGAAUUGGCUGGAGUUUCGGCGGCGGAUUCCGAUUGUAGAGUGCAAGCUAUGGAAGGCUCAGUUUGGCAACAUGUUGAUAAUUACGUGUUUCCAAAAGAUUGCAAGCCACUGGAUGGGUUUCAGCUAAUUUCAUUUCUACAAUUUGCGUUAGUCCUUUUUACCUCACUAGAGAUUGAAGAAAAAUGCGAGGCCAGUGACACAGAGAAGCAAUUAGCUGCAACUGCUAUUAGCAACGUGUUGUCUGUGCUAACCCACUAUAGCGAAUCGACAGGAAGAUUGGUCUGUGAAAAGAGAUUUGGCCCCAGCCUCGUCAGUUCAUCUUUACAUAUCUCACUUGGUAGAAUCAAACAAAGCUUUGUAUUGGUGGAUCCACACUUACCGGAUAUCCCUAUUGUUUAUGCUAGUGAUGCCUUCUUAAGAAUGACAGGGUAUGCUCGGAAUGAAGUUUUAGGGCAAAACUGUAGGUUCUUAACUGGUGUUGAUACAGAUCCCUCAGCUCUACAUCAGAUAAAGCAAAGUAUUCAAGCUCAACAAGCUUGCUCAGUACGUAUUUUACAUUACAGGAAGGAUAAGAGCUCGUUUUGGAAUCUUCUUCACAUUUCACCAGUUCGUAAUGCUACUGGCAAGAUAGCAUACUUUGUGGGUGUCCAGAUUGAAGAAGGCAGCGUGGACCGACAUGGAUUGAGCCCUGAGAUGAGGCAGCUGAGCGUCGUUGGAUCAAUCAAGGUGGCAGUGAGGAGUUCAUCAAUGUCCUAUAGCAUUCAUUGAUUCCAUACACCAGCAGAGACAGUGUGAAAUAGAGCAUCCUCUUGAUAUAGCAGAACAUUUUUGUAUCCUUAAAAGUUAAGCCUAUAUCUGUACUCGACGCUUUGAACAAGACAUUUCAAGUCCUUUCGGUGAAAAAUGGGUUUGCCUUCGUUAUGCUCGGUGCAAGACUAGGCAAUUGUGAGCACUGAAGAGCAAAGUUAAUAGUGCUAAAGUUGCAUUCGCUGAGUACACAUUCGUUGCGGUGAACCCAAGUAUGGUCGUGAUGGGAUCAGUGGGCUUUGCACAUGUUGUCAAAAUAAAGAAACUUUUAGUGUUUGCAGCUGAUAGAUUAAAAAACUCAAAAUUAGGUU